AUGCUUCAGAGAGGCUCGUGUCGCGCCGAGGCGAGAGCACCAGAGACGAGACGAGCACCGGGGAAUCGCGGCGCUUACGGCCCCCCUGCUCCCCCCCCUCGCCCUCCCGCACCUCCCUCUUUCCGCCCUCUCUCCCGGCAAAGCCUGCCCCUCCGCGGCCUCCCCUCGCGCGCAUGUCCCCCGCAAGCCUGCGCCAGUGCAUCUCGAGGUUCCUCAUGCGCGUCCCCUUUCCCCCCUUCCCCCCACCUCUCCCUCUCUCCCCCCUCUCAACCACACCUUCUCGUGCGCCUCCCGCCACGUCCAUGUUUCCCCAUGCGCCCAUGCGCCCCUGCGCCCAGGUGCCUGGCAGGCCUGCGCCAGCACACGCAACGGCACUCAAAACGCCAUCAUCCCCUUCCACGCCCCCCCCUCAACCACCCCUCCCCCCCUCCUCCCCCCCCACUACCUUCUUUCCACGAGCCUCUCUGCCCCCAGCAUGCGCCAGUGCGUUAUAGGUUGCCUGCCUUAGCUCCACUUUCCCGGCCCCCUUCCCCUCUCAGUCUUCCAUCCCUCCUCCCCCGUUCACCCUUUUGCCUUCACCAGGCCGCCUGCGCCAGUGCAUUGCUCCGCGGGUGGUACUCCGCCUCCUCACCCCCUUUCCGCUCCCCCUCCCCCCCACCAGGCCGUCUGCGCCAGUGCAUUGCUCCGCGGGUGGCGUGCGGAUUCGCCUCCAGCAGCGACGAUGAGGGGGAGGGGGGCGACGCUGGGCACCCCAGGGGGCGCGGAAGGAGGGGGGGCGCGGGGGGGAAGGGGAAGGGGAGGCGCGGAGCACCCGGGGGGCAUGGUGGCGCGGGAGGGAGCUCCCGCCACCCGUCCCUGCGGAUUGGCCCGCCAAUGGACGUGCGCCAGGUGGCGUAUCCACACGAGCCUGCCACGUUGGACCCCCUGAAUGGCGGCCUGGGGGCCAUGGGCAUGGGCAUGGGGAUGGGGAUGGGGAUGGGGAUGGGGAUGGGGAUGGGGGGAGUGCAGGGACAGCUGGUGACGCUGGCGCUGCCGAUAGUGAGCUACAGCAGCAAGAUAGCGGUGGGCGUGUUCGGGGUGGCCCCUCCUGUGCCAACAUCUCUCCAACAUUCCAUGGUGGCACGCCUCCCCAACUCCCCCCUCUCCUCUCCCCCUUUCCCUCCCCCUUUCCCUCCCCCAACUCUCUGUGCGAGCAGCAAGAUAGCGGUGGGCGUGUUUGGAGAGGCCCCGGAGGACCUGCCGUGUUCAUACGACGACUAUGGCAACCUCCCCCCUCUCCCUCCCCUCCUCUCCCUCCCCCCCUCUCCCUUCCCCCCCUCCUCCCCCCUCCUCUCCCUCCGCCCACCUGAUGCGCGCAGCAAGAUAGCGGUGGGCGUGUUCGGCGAGGCCCCGGAGGACCUGCCGUGUUCGUACGACGACUAUGGCAACCUCGUGCCCAACGUGCUGCUGCAGCUGCAGGCGCUGCUCAUCCACAAGGGCGGGCUGCAGACGGAGGGCAUAUUCAGGGUGGGAGUGGAGGCGGGCAGGGAGGAGGCCGCCAAGGCAGCUGUGAAUGCGGGGCAGAUCCCGCCCUCCACUGAUGUGCACUGCCUUGCAGCGCUUAUCAAGGCCUGGUUCCGCGAGCUCCCAGACGGUCUCUUGGACGCGCUCCCUCUCUCGCUGCUCGCCUCCGCAGCGGACGCGCACAGCGAGGAGGGCGGCAUGGCGGACGUGCUGGGAGUGCUGCCGCCCGCCUGCAGCUGCCUGCUGGACUGGCUGCUCAACCUGCUCGUGGACGUCGUGGAGUGCCACCACCGCAACCACAUGGGCGCCCGGGCUCUCGCCCUCGUGUUCGCACCAAACCUCGUCCAGGUGGGCGACCCCUCUGCCAGUCCCAAGAGCGCCAUGCUCCUCAUGGACCUCCUCGAGGCGCUCAUCGCCCCCAAGCACCGCCACCCUCUCCCCUUCCCUCUCCUUCCCCCUUGCCCCCCCGUUUUUCUCCCUGCCCUUCCCCCCCCACAUCAGGUGGGCGACCCCGCCGCCAGCCUGAAGCGCACCAUGCCGCGCAUGGACCUCCUGGAAGCCCUCAUCGCCCACACCUUCUUGCCACCCUCUCCUCCCCCUUCCCGUCCCCACCCGCCCUUCCCAACCCCUGCCCACCCCCCUUUCCUCCCUCUCCCCCACCAGGUGGGCGACCCAGCGGCCAGUCUCAAGCGCGCCAUGCUGCUAAUGGACCUUCUAGAAGCCCUCAUCGCGCGCAAGCACCGCCACCGCCAGCUGUUUGCGCACCACUGGCCGGGCGGGGGCGGCCGCGGGGGCGCGUCAGUGCUGUCAGCGUCAGCGUCAGUUAUGGAUGAGUCGGAGGACUGGGAGGACACGGACCUGGAUUCGUCGCUCAACUUCUCGCUGCUCUCAGGGGCGCAUGGAGGGGUGGGGGGGUUGGGGGCGUUUGGAGGCGCAGCGGGAGUGGAGAGGCCGUUUGGGGCGGGUUCGGUUCGGAGCGGUGCAGGUGGUGGUGGUGGUGGUGGUGGUGGUGGUGGUGGUGGUGGUAGUGCGUCGUUUGGGUCGGCGUCGGUUGUCCAUAGCCCGCGCACUGCGCUGAUGCUCAGAGCGCUGGCAGCGGCUGGGCUUGGCGUGGGGGGGAGGGCGGUGGGGGCCUGUGCGGGGGGAGGGAGAAUGAGGAAUCAGAGUGGGGAGUGGGAGAGUGAGAGUGUGGGAGUGCGGUCGGGGUAUUCGUCACCCUCCCCUGCCACGUGGAGGGGAGGGUUUGCUCUGAGGGCAGGGCGGUCGUGGGCUGUGGGUAGCGAUGGGGGGAAAGGGCUCGGGUCAAUCUCUGAGCUGUGCCCCCUAGAGGAUGGGGAGGAGGAUGGUGAGGGCGAUGGGGAGAGGGAUGGGGAGGGUGGGCGGAUGGAAGGAGGAUUGGAAAGUGAGGGUGUGGAGGGAAGAGAAUGGCUGAGUGGGACGAGAAAGAGUGGGGAUGGGAUGGGGAGGAACGGGGGGAGAGCGGGUGGAGGGGUGGAGGGAGUGGAGGGACUGGCAGGGGCGGCAGGGGAGGGGCGUGGGGGGGACGGGCGUGGGGAUGGGCAUAGAGGAGAGGCAGGCAGUCGCUUGGCAGAGUGGCUGAGGAAUAUAGACGAGGCUGUGGGGGAGGGGGAAGGUGACGAAGCAUUGGGGGAGGGGGAAGGGGGAGGGGAAGAACCAGAGGGGGAAGGUGAAGACGACGAAGCGGAGGGGGAGGGGGAAGGGGAACUAGCGGCUGAGGUAGAAGUACAAGAAGCAGAAGCAGGGGAGGAGGACGAGGACUUGGUAACUGCAGGGACAGGCAUGGAUGAGCGUGAGUGUGUGGAGGAGGAAGAGGCAGAGGCAGCAGCAGAAGCAGCAGUGUCACCAACACUCGCUUGUGACUUUCCGCUUGCAACAAAAGCUGUGUUGCCCCUGCCACAGGGGGCGGAUGCAUGUAGUGAUGGUGAUGGUGGUGAUGGUGGUGAUGAUGGUGAUGGUGGUGAUGCUGACGAUGGCACUGCUUGUGGAGAUGAGAAUAUGGAUGGGGAUGGGGAUGGGGAUGGGGAUGGGGAUGGGGAUGGGGAUGGGGAUGGGGAUGGGGAUGGGGAUGGGGAUGGGGAUGGCGAUGAGGGCAGUGGUUGCAGUGAUGACGUGGAUGGUGCAGAAGCUAGAGAUCAUCACACCUCUGCGUGGCCUCCAGGUGGCGCUGCCAACACUGACAGCAUCGCUGCCAACACUGACAGCAUCGCCGCUGCUGUUGACGAUUUAAAUUCCGAAGCAGAGUUUGAUGCCGAGGUUGAUGGUGAUGGUGAUGGUGAUGGUGAUGGUGAUGGUGAUGGUGAUGGUGAUGGUGAUGGUUGCGAGCACGCACAUGAUAUUGAUGCUCACAGUCACGGCACUCAUCCUGCCAGUGCCGCCACCACUGCUUCUCAUGAGGCUUCGAUGCAAAAGCAGGUUUCAGUUUCCGACUCCCCUUCGGACGCUCCUCACCAACUCUCUUCUUCCCAACUUCCAUUUCCUCCCUCCACUCUUCCACCUGCCACCCCGGCUGCCUCGCUCCUGCCUGCCACGGACCUCUCUGCUCCACCCGCUACUGCAGACGCCACGCAGAGUGCUGCUGCACGUGCCGCUGCCUCUUCUCCCCUCCUUGCCAGCAUGCUCCUCGUGCUCGCUGCCAUGCACACCACCCCUCCCCUGCACCCCGCCCCACCAGCCUCAACACCUCUUGUCCCCAAUCCCGCCGCUUCUGCUGCUGCUGCUGCCGCAGACCCUGCAGCGCCAUCCCAAGGCCCCACGGACCCUCCUCUUGCGGCCGCUCUGCCCCACCCCUCCUCCGCGGCCCCCUCUCCCCCUCCGGCUGUACUGGAGCCAGGCCAGGGCGCAGCAGCAGCAGGCAGGGCGGGAGCAAAGGGUGCUCUAGAGGGGUUGGGCGAGGGGAAGAAGGUGGGUGGAGAGGGAUUGACGAAGGCAAAGGGCAGAGGGAGAGGCAGUGGAGGGGUGGCAGGUGCCGGGACGAAGAGGAGGACGAGUAGUGCUAGCAAGGCAGAGGGGCCAGGGGCGGAGGGGGAUGUUGGGGUCGUGGAGGAGCAAGAGGUGGAGGGUAUGGCCUGCCUGGUCGAACCUCUGGCAGAUGAGGGGCGGCGGAGACACGGUGAGCAAGAGGCAACGGUUAAGGAGGGAGCAUCAGCAGCAGCAGAAUCAGACAAGGUAGUGGCUGCAGUAGGCAAGAGGACAGCAGCUGGCAAGGCAGCAACAGGCAAAGCAGUGGCAGCAAGCAAGGCAGCGGCAGCAAGCAAGGCAGCGGCAGCAAGCAAGGCAGCGGCAGCAGGAAAGGCAGGGAAGAAGGUGGUGAGCAAGGGGAAGGGCAAGGCCGCUAAGGUUGCUGACAGGGCGCGAGCGGAGGCGGAGGCAAGGCGGGGCGCGGAGGGGAUGAGGGCAGGCGAGGGCCAGAGCAGCAGUGCAGUGGCGGCAGCGGGUGGGGGCACGGGGGUAGUGGCUGGUGGUGGUGGGGCGAGCAAGGGAGGGAAGGUGAAGAAGAGUGCACGGAAGGCAGUGGCGGAGAUAGAAGAGAUAGAAGAGAUCGAGGUGGUGGUGGAGGAGGGACGGGUGAAGAAACACGGGCAACCCAAGCAUGGCACCACCGCCGCCACCGGUGCUGCUUCCGCUGCUGCCGCUGCUGCCACUGCUGCCAAGCCUCGCAAGCGUCGUGAGGCAGCAGCAGCAGCGGUUAGUGGUGGUGGUGAUGGCACUGGCAGCACUGUUGCCCGCAGGGAGGUAGCAUCUGGGCAGGGCGUGUCUGAGAGGAGCGGCAGGGAGGCAGCGGGGGGAAAGGGGAAGGGGAGGGUUGGCGAGACGGGGGCGAGUGGCAACGGUGGUGGCGGCACAGGCAGCGCCGUGAGGCUGUCUGGUGGGGGGGUGGAGGGGCGAGCAGCGAGGGGUGGUGGGUCAGCGAGGGGUGGUGGGGGCGCAAGAGCAGCAGGGAGGGAGGCGGCAAUGAGGGAGGCGUUGGGGAGGGAGCUGGCGUGGAUGCAGCGAGUGAGGGAGAUGCAGGGGGGGGAGUGGGGCGAGCGCUGGCAGCGGUGGCUGCAGGAGAGCGAGGAGAGUAGGAGCGAGGGGGGGAGCCGAAGGGGGGGUGUGAGGGAGGGCGUGCAUGUGUUUGGUGAGGGGACUGCCGUGCGGGAGAGGAUUAGUGAGUGGGAGAGGGCUCUUGCACUUGCCCGUGCUGCUGUUGAUGCGGAGGGGAAGGCAGUGGGGGAGGCAGCAGGCGGAGGGGAAGCAGAAGGGGGGGAGGGAGGAAGGGUGGAAGCGGGGAGUGGUGGGAGGAGGGGCGGGAGUGGGCAUGGGAAGCGGCACGAGGGGCAGCUGAGGCAGGCUGGCGAGGAGAAAGGCGGGGGUGAGAGGGGUGGGGAUGGGAGGGGACGGGGUGAGAAGGGUGGGGAUGAGAGGGGAGGGGGUGAGAAGGGGGGCCAGCAGGGGGAGCAAGAGGAGAGCAGUGAGUUGUGGCGGUGGAGGAGGGCGCUGGCAGGGCGUGUGGGGGGAGGAGGGGGAGGGGGAGGGGGAGGGGCGGACCGGUUUCAGCCGGCGUGUGUGCUGCCGCCACUCUCCUCUGCCCACCGCUCCCACGGUGCUGCCGCUGCUGCUGCUGCCGGUGGGGCCCGUUUUGCACCCCAUGCUCAUGCUCGUGCCUCCCUUGCACACGCACCGCCUGACUUUGAGCUGCUAGAGGAAACACCAAGGGGUGGGGAUGUGCGGCGGCGCUCUGAAAGCACGGCCGGUGAAGGCGAGACAAGGAUGGCAGAGCAGGCACGGGAGCACGGCUCCAAGGCUCAUGGCCACGAGCAGAGCAGCGGUGCAGCACCUGACAGUUUGCUCUCUGCCCACCCCCCACCUGGCCAUCCACCUGGCCGUUCACCUGAGAAUCAGUGUGUGCCGCCCAGUGUGCCUGCUUCAGGUGGUGGGAAGGUGAAAGGGAAGAAAGGGGCGAAGGGAACGGUCAAAGACAAAGCAGGUCUGGCUGAGACGCAAGGGGAAGGGGGUGGAGCCAAGGCGAGUGGAGCAGCGGAGGGGAGUGGGGGCAAGGGAGAGAAGGGGAGGAAGGGGAGAAAGAAGGCAGUGGCGGCAGCAGUGGUGGCGGAGAUGAGGAGGAGGAAGGGCGGAUGGGGGCCACAGGAAGAGGGGGAGGGAGACUUGGAGGGCGUGGAGAAAGCAGCGGGUUGUGAGGUAGCAGCAGGUGGGGCGGCGGUGGUGGGUGUGGCAGGCAGGAGUGCAGCAGGAGAGGAGCAGGUGGAGGUGAGGCCACAGGCAACCGCUGGGCAACCGAGUGAGAGGGAUGAGCAGGAGGGGGAGCAGAGCGAGCAGAGGGAGCAGUUGCAAUGCGAGGCUCCAGAGGAGGUUGGGCAGAGGAGCAUUGUUGGUGUAGGUGACAGGGAUGGCGGCAUUGGUGAGGCUAAUAACAAAGGCAGGCGGUCAGGGGAGGGCAAUGCAGAUGGUACAGCCGGUGGUGUGGUGGUGAGCCAACAGAGCCAACAGAGCCAACGGGGGGCCAGCAGAGCCAGUAGCCGCAGCAGCAAGAGCAGGAGCAGCAGCAGCAGCGGCGCCAGCACCCCUGCCCCCACCACUCGCCUCCUCCCGCUCCCCGCACCCAAUCCUCUCCAUCCCGCCCGCCCCUCCGCCCCCAAGCCCUCUCUGCUCAUGCCCGGCCCCUCCUGCAUCGCCCCUUCCGCCCGGCCUCACUCCUCUGCUGCCGCUGCUUCCUCCCCUCGCCUGCACAACUCGCCCGCCUCCUCCUCCCUCCCCUCUCCCUCCCUCCCCUCCCCCUCCGCCUCCCACUCCACUCGUCGCCGCCUCUCCUUUCAACCACCCACCGCUGCCGCUGGGCCCCCACGUUCCUCCAUCCCCUCCCAUUCCUCCUCCCUUCUGGGCUCCUCCAUUUCAUCCCAGUCAUCCCACACCCUCACUCCCUCUCACUCACACACUCCCUCUACCUCCUCACUCAUAUCCUUCGCCUCUCCUCUCCCCUCCUCCACUCUCUCUCACCCCUCCUCCAGUCCCUCUGCUGACGCCUCUCUCUCCCACCUCCCUCCCCGUCCUUCCUCGCGCCGCCCUCCCCCCAUCCUUCCCCCUUCCCGCCGCCACCCCUCCACCCUCCUUAACAAUCUCACCCCUUCCUCGUCCCACUCCUCCCCCCAGCCAACCUCCUCGUCCCUCUCCUCCCCCCACCUGCCCUCCUCCGUUUUCUCCCCCCACUCGCCCACCACUUCAGACUGCCCUGCCUCUCAGCUCGUCCCCCCACCCUCUCAGCACCCCCCGCCCACUCAAAGCGUCCCCCCACCAUCUCUACCUCCCCGCAAGCACCCUUUCGCCCUCAGCGGCAGCAGCAGGGCGCUGGUGAGAGUGCCGUCUCCGGCCAAGGAGGCUGGCUCAGCCAGAUGCCACCUUCACCAAAUAGCCCCUCUCAACACAGAGCUUCCUCUCAAGCUGCUUUUGACUCCCCUGCUUCUGCAGCUCCCCCUCAUUCGCCCUCCUGUCAUCGCACCGUUCUGCACUCCCCGAGACCGCACUCCCCCUCGGCCGUACCUGCCUCCCCUCCUCGUGCUCACCUGCAUCUGCAUCUGCCCGCCUCAACCUCCCUGCCGCCUGCACCCGCCUCACCUGCACCCGCCUCACCUGCACCCACCUCACCUGCACCCGCCUCACCUGCACCCACCUCACCUGCACCCACCUCACCUGCACCCACCUCACCUGCACCCACCUCACCUGCACCCACCUCACCUGCACCCACCUCACCUGCACCCACCUCACCUGCACCCACCUCACCUGCACCCACCUCACCUGCACCCACCUCACCUGCACCCGCCUCACCUGCACCCGCCUCACCUGCACCCGCCUCACCUGCACCCGCCUCACCUGCACCCACCUCACCUGCACCCACCUCACCUGCACCCACCUCACCUGCACCCACCUCACCUGCACCCACCUCACCUGCACCCACCUCACCUGCACCCACCUCACCUGCACCCACCUCACCUGCACCCACCUCACCUGCACCCACCUCACCUGCACCCACCUCACCUGCACCCACGUCACCUGCACCCACCUCACCUGCACCCACCUCACCUGCACCGACCUCACCUGCACCCGCCUCACCAGGUGCUACGAGCCAUGCUGCAUUGCCGGCCAUGCAGGGCGCUGCUACCCUGCCUGCUAGCAGACAGGGAGAGGGCGCUUCGGAGCCCCCUACCUCAUCCCCAACCUCCCCCUCUCGCCCCUCCCUUCGGAAACAGCACUCCUUCCCUCCUUCCUCCACUGCUCACGCACGCCCGUCCUCGCCUCUUCUCCCUCCUCUUCCCGCUCCUCAGCCCCCAAGUUCCCACCGUCCCGAUUGCCAUCCCACCCUCUCCUCUCCUCGCCUCGCACCCUCUCUUUCUCGAGCCUCUCGCUCCUCGGCGUCCUCCCGCUCUUCUGCCUCUCAUGCUUCCUCCUCUCAUGCCUCCUCCCCUCGCGCUUCCACCUCUCAUGCUUCCUCCUCCCAUGCUUCCUCCUCCCAUGCUUCCUCCCCUCAUGCCUCCUCCUCUCAUGCCUCCUCCUCCCACGCUUCUUCCUCGCAUGCUUCCUCUGGUGCAGAUGCGGGGAGGGGGAGAAGGAGAAGCAAGGAGUGAGUUGGAGAGGGGGUUGAGGCAACGCAGAGGUUCAAGCAGCAGCAGCGAGACUGAGAGGUGUCGUAAGGAGGGGCGAGGGAAGGGGGCAGGGCAGAGAAGCAGCACAGAGAGCGCUGGUGGGGGAAGCUUUGGUGCGGUAGGAGGUGGUUUGGUAGGAGGUGGUUCGGUGGGAGGUGGUUCGGUGGGAGGUGGUUCGGUGGGAGGUGGUGCGGCAGAAGAUAGAAGAGACACGGAAGAGGCCAGAGUGAGAAGGCGGCCGCUGGAUGAGGAGGAGAGUAGCAGCAGCUGCAGCAGUCGGAACGCGGUGAUCACGGGGGGAAGGAGAGGGGUGCGAGGGAGUGAGGUGGGGGAGAAGGCAAGGCACAGGAGAGGAAACGCCAGGGCAGAUGGGGAUGAGGAGGAGAAGAUGGGUAGAGGCAAGCCAUGGCACCGAGCUGCUGGCAGGGUGAGGGCUGAUGAGGCUGUGGGGGGAAGAGAAGGGCAGAAUGCAGCUGCAGAAGAGCAGGAGACACAUGGCUAUGGGGCGAAUGAUGGGGUGGAAGAAAAUGGGAGAGGGAAUGAGCUUGUGCCAGUACACUGCAAGUCCUCUGACUCCUCUGACCCGUCUGAACCAUCUGACUCCCAGACGGUUCCCCCAGUGGCUGGGUGGCCUCUGGGCCUUGCCUCGCACCCACCGAGGCACCCAGAGCGGCGGUAUCAGGGGAAUAUCUAA